AUGGCGCAGAUUGGAAUGCCCCUGCGCGCCGCUGCUCCGGUGGCGCUCCGGUGGAUGGUCGUCUUCUUCUCCCUCCGCGCCGCGUUGGGAGACACGUCCUUCCGCAUACUGCACUUCAACGACGUGCACAGCCGUGUCGAGCCAUCCAGCAAGUACCAGGGGCCAUGCAAAGAGAGCCAGAGGGCAGAGGGGCUGUGCUUCGGCGGGUUUGCCAAACUCGCCACGGUCGUGAAGCGGGAGAGGGCAAAGGGGAGCGUCAUCGUCCUGGAUGCCGGAGACGAGUUCAUGG